AGCUGCCGCUGGUGCCGGGUGUCCCCCCGGGCGGUGAUGUGGGUCAGAUCCUGCUGCUCAAGUACUGGGUCAGGAUCCUCAAGGCGGACCUAGAGGUGCGGCUGGGUGCUGCUGCCGCCAGCGGCUUCUCCCCCGACUGGCAGGGGCAGCUGGACAACAGCCUGCUGGUGCGCAUCAUGCAGACCAUCUCCUCCUGGUCUGAGGGCACCCACUCCAAACCCGCUCUGUUGCGGUUGAUGGCGGCAACCGCUGUGUACGGCAGCAUGGCAGUGACCCGGCGGGGUAGCGGGAGGGGCGGGGGGGAGGACGGCAACCCGCAGCAGCAGCACCAGC